GUACUUUUUAGAAAAAAAUGUCUGUGCCUCAGCCACCUCCGAAUGUUGGUUCCGAUUUGCCAACAUACAAAAUGGUUGUUGUUGGCAUUGGUGGUGUUGGAAAAUCGGCAUUAACUAUCCAAUAUUUUCAAAAGCAUUUUGUGGCUGAUUACGAUCCAACAAUAGAGGACUCGUUCAUACAACACAAAGAAAUCGAUGGAGAGUGGUGCAUACUCGAUGUUCUGGACACCGCUGGUCAGGAGGACUACAGUGCCAUGAGGGAACAGUUCAUGAGGAACGGUGAUGGCUUCAUGCUUGUCUUCUCUGUCAUCGACCACUCCAGCCUCGACGGAAUCCCUCCUUUGCAUAAGCAAAUCCUGCGUGUUAAAGAUGUUGACACGUGUCCGAUGAUUUUGGUUGCCAACAAGAUUGAUUUGGUGCAUCAGCGCAAGAUCUACAGCAAUCAGGGCGAAGAAAUGGCCCAGAAGCUUGGGAUACCCUACGUUGAAACCAGUGCCAAGGACCCACCAGUGAAUGUCGAUAAAGCUUUUCACGAUCUUGUCGGUCUAAUUAAAAAACAGCCAAAGUCUGUGGAUGAGAUGAAGAAGGAGAGCAGGAAGAACAGUAAGAAGUCCCGCAAGUGCACUGUGCUAUAGUGUCACCGAAUGGUGCAAAUGGAGUGAAAUGGAAGCACAACCACGCCUCUCUAUCUCUCUCCCUUGCAAACUAAACAACUGUUGUUCAAACCAAUCUCAUCAAACUUGUCUUCUUCUAUUCUCUCUCUCUCUCUCGCUCUAUCUUUGGCUGAAGUUUGCCUUCUUUUUGAUACAUUGAUCCACUACUCUAUCCAGAAGUAAUUAGAGCUAUGUUUUAUAUCUGCAAAGAAGCAGCUUAUGCAACGCCGCACACCAAUCAUAUUGCUGUUGUAUUAGAUAUGCCUCUAAAUUCCUCUUUUUGCCUCCAUUGUAACUUCAAUAUUUCACAUGGACCAGUUCAGUUCUAAAUUACUCGAGGCGAAAAAAGUGGCCACUUAGUUUUCGAUUGCUAUUUAAACAGUGAUAUUUAUCUUAUUCUAUGUUAGCUAUGCUAUUCACGCAAGCUCCAAAUUUGUCCUCAAUUCAUCAUCGCUCAAAGCAGACAUAAAACCUAAUGAAGUUGAGCCCCGCUUUUUCAUUUAAAUAGCAGCCUGGGUUGAAAGAAGAAUACGAUCAAACAGUUUCAUACUGUGGAAAAAUGCUUAUCAUACAAUUCCAUGCAAUUGCAUAGCAUAUGAAAAUCACAUGAUAAGCAUUUUUUUCCAUACAAGGGAAUUGUAUGAUGAGCAUUUUUUCGUGCUAUGAAAUUGUAUGAUGAGCAUUUUUUGUGUACUGCCCACACAGUGCACCUGAUUCAGUUUCAGAUUCGCUCAGAGUUGUGGCCAAUUUUUAGACUAGCCCACUUUUAGGCUAUGAAGCUAACAAAUAGUAUGCCCUUAAAGGUUAAGCGAUUAAACUGUU